CAAAGGGGGUCGGAUCCCCCCCCUCCCUCGACAAUCACCUUGCUAGUUUAUAUAAGGCGGGGACGCACCUGCACUCCGGUUAGCUGCUGGUUGGAGGUCUCGUCUGCCGUCAGGGGUCGAAGACGCGAGCCGAAGAUGCGAGGAGUCGUGCUGCUGGCAGCGACGGCGGUCGUCGCCACGUUGUGCCUCGUGAUCGAGGAGUCGCAGGCCAGUCCGAGCCAGCGAAAGCGGCCGGAGCCCACGGCGGCCCCCAAGAUGGCCGCCGCCACGGCGCUGCCCGCCGACGAGCAGCAAAGCAGCUCCAGCGAGGAGGACGACGACUCCACCAGCGAGGAAGGAGAUGAUGAAGACCUGAAAAUUGAAGGAAAGACAGGAAAGAUGUGCAUGAAACACCCCAACAUCGCAGCGAUGGAAUCAGAGUGUAUAUCAGAGUACGAAUCAAUGAAGAAGGCAAAAUGCAACUCGACAGAGCCAUCUGUGAUGGACGGCAUCAAGGAGAAGAUGGCAGAGGGACUGGAGACGGUGAAGAACGCGACCAUGAAGGCAGUGAAGAAGGUGAAGGAGGUGAUGGGGGUGGGCGACUCCAACUCCACAGAGCCCAGCGCGACCAACACCACGAGCAAGCACGCUCGUCGGAGACGUUCCUGCCACUUCUAUCACUGCAUGCUGAAGAAAAUGGAUGCCUUGGACGAAGCCACAAAAAUGCCAGACGAAGACAAAGUGAUGACGUGGAUGUCGCAGUAUGUAACGGAUGUCGAAGACAAGAAAACAGGGGAUAGGAAAACAAAACAGUGCUUUUCGGACUUGCGCAAGAAUGGAGUAAUCCUCAGCGCUAGUGAAAUUGCAGCCAAUGCUGCCAACACAACUAUGGAAUCCAGCAUGCCAGUGACUUACGUGGUGCACGUCCCUGGGGCCUGCCCGCGGUGCAAGGAGCUGUCCUGCGUCGUGUACGCCGACGGGAACCCAGGAAAAACAGAAUGUAAUGCUUAUUCCAAGUUGUGGAUGUGUCUAGCUGAAGUAGAAUCCUCUGAGUGCUCAGGCUUCAAGUUCCAGUGACAUCACGUCGAGAACGUUUAGAAAAGAUACGCACAUCAGUCAUAAAAAUGUUGAAAACAAAGUACAUGAAAUAUACAUGUAAAUAAAAUGUCUUUGUUAGAAA